GGAUGCGAGCUCAUCUUCACCAGGCCACAGGGUGGCGUCCAAUCCCGAAGUAGAAUUUCCAGAGACAGUUCGAGAUGUUGGUGAUUUGGGUCUCACAUCUGGCCGCUGGGAAGACGCACCAUGGCGGGGCAGCGAUCGGCCCAUACCGUGCACUUACUGAGUGACCUGCAGUCUGGAACCGUUCAAUGCCCAACAUGUACGAGAGAUCCUUCGACGGCUGGGUUUGGAAAAAUCAUGGCCCAUCCGUAUAAGACCGAUCCUCCAACCCUUACCCCUGCCUUCCACCCUCGCCGCCCAGCCAUGCGGGAUUCCUUCGAGACUCCACGGAACUCGGAAACCUUAAACUCAAGUUUGCGAAGAAUAAUUUAUUCCCCAUGCCCGCCUAAAGGGCUUCUUUAAACAAGCACUGCCCAGCCCUGUUGUCCUCCUAUGUGUCACCAACGGACAGCAUCCCUAUCACGGCUUCCGCCAUGGAAACGGUAAUACCUCCUCGAGAUCAUGGCCCGUCAACAUACCGCUACACGUGGGACGAGAACGGCGAAGUAGCCCAAGUCACGAGGAUCAGCGCCUCCCCCCCAGCCGAGCGCGACAUCGUGCCCGACUACGUGCGCACCUUCCUCCUCCACGGCACCCCCGUCCCCACUUCCCCUCACAACAACAUCAACCAUAAUAUCGUCAUCAACAACCUGCCCCCACACGACAGACCCGCGCUGUACGACGGCCCCAGCCGCGCCGGCACGCCCCAGCUGGUGGUGCCGCGGCGGCGGAGCGCGCUGCACCGGUCGAGGGUGGCGGAUUUCUUUGAGGGGUUUCGGUUUAGUGGGGGGAGUUGGGCGGGUGGUGGUGGUGGGGAGAAUGGUGGUGGAGGUGGUGAGAAUGGUGGUGGAGGUGGUGAGAAUGGUGGUGGUGGUGGUGCAGGUGGUGGUGAUGGUGAAGAGGUUGGGGCCAGGCCGGGGUCGAGGGACUCGGGGCUGGGGUUGGGGUCGGAGUUGGGGCGGGUGGAUAGUCGCGAGGGGGUGCCGGUUGGGGUUGGGGAGGAGGAGAGGUUUUUCCUUGGGGAGGGGGCGAGGGGGGAGAAGGGGGGAGUUGGGGGUGGUGGUGGUGGUGAUGAUGGUGGGAUAGGGGAGUGGAGGGUUUGGAGGGGCGGUGGGUGGCGCGCAAUGGUUGCGGUCAUUGUGCUGGUGACGUUGGCGGUGCUGAUUACGGGGUUCGUAUGUCUGGUCGUGGCCAUCUCUGGGGUGGAUGUGGAGGCCGGGCGGUCAGCUGUCUUCGAGGGGGACUGUGGCAGGGCGGCGGCGGUGGACUGGGGGUUGCAUGCGGUGAUUAAUGUGUUUGUGGUGGUUUUAGUUGGGGCCGCGAACUACGUCUUUCAGGUCCUCAGCAGCCCGACGAGGGAGGAGGUGGCGGCGGCGCACCAGAGGGGGGGUUGGUUGGAUAUUGGGAUCCCGUCGUUGCGGAACCUUAAACGCAUCGAGGGCGGCCGGGCGUUGCUGGCCGUUGUGGUUUUAGCGACGGCGGUUUUUACACAAAUAAUGUAUAAUGCUGUAAUCUUUGUCUCGCAGACGGCGCCGGACUACAAGGCCGCCAUGGUCGGCGAAGCCUUUCUCAGGGGGGCGCCUUUGAGUAACGAUAUUUCGAACGAUGGCACUGGCUUCAGUCGCCCUGACCUCCUGUCCCUCCAACAACAGGCAGCCCGAGGCGAGCUUAUCCGCAUUCCCACCCAGGCUUGCAUCGACCAAUUCAGCGGAGCUUUCGAAACAGCAUACUCCGCUGUGCUCCUAGUCUCGAGCCUCGACACCUUCUCUCUCACCCAAAAGUCAGGUGGGAUUGUCACAAACUCGAUCAAUGGCCUAGCCCCCGACACAUCCUCCAUCCAGUACUGCCUAGCCCAACCCGCCCCUGCUCCGACCUGCGAAGUCAACCUGAACGCAUCCCUGCUCGGUUCCGUGGCCCUCCUCAACUCGAUUGCCCUCGUCGUCACCGCUGCCCUCCUCUUCAAGCGCCCGUCAUCUUUCCGCCCACUCGCUACCCUCGGCGACGCCAUCGCCUCCUUCCUCGAAGAACCCGACACAACCACCCAAGGAGCCUGCCUCCUCUCCAAAACCGACAUCUGGCGAGGUCGGUGGCCGCUCGAAGAGGCAAAGUACUGGGUCCCCAAGAACCACUACUGGUUCCGCAGCAUCUCCCUCCCCCGCUGGAUGGCCACCUUCAUCAUCUGGGCCAUCAGCAUCGGGCUCACCGCCGCGGGGAUAGCCUUCUCCACCACCUUCGACCCAUCCGGCCAACUCAGCGCAUUUGGCACCGCCUCCCCACACGCACUGAUGCACCUGCCCUCCAACACCCCACCCGCCGCGGCCGCCGUGCUAGCCAGCCUCCCGCAGCUCCUCCUCGCAGCCCUCUACUUCACCACCAACGCCCUCCUGACCACCUACUACCUCUCGCACGAAUCGUCGCUCUUCGCCACGGGGCCCGCCCGGCCCCUGCGCGUAUCCGCCCGCGCCGUCGUCGGUGCCCAGUCCACCUCCCUCUACCUCACCCUCCCGCGGCCCGCCUCCUGGCUGCUCAUGGCGCUGUUCGCGGGCAUGGCCUUCGUGCUGCGCCAGAGCUGCUUCGCCGUCGCCGCGCGCCUCGUCGACGUGCCCGUCUCGCCCAACGCGCUGCCCUCGGACGAUGACAUGGGUGGUGACGACGACCCCCUGGUGGUUGCUCUUGGUCUGAGCGGCGUCGGCCUGCUGGUGCUGCUCGUCGCGCUGGUGGUGCUCGCGCUCGCGGUUCUGGGCCUGGGUCUGCGCCGCGCGCCGCCGGUGGGGCUGGUCAAUGGGGAGAUGCUCGGGAAUCCGAUGGUCUUGCCCGCUGGGUCGUGCAGCGCCGUGGUUCACGCGGACGCGUCCAGUUUCGCCCAGGGCGUGACCAAGGAGGAUGCCUACCAGCAAGUCCUACAGCAGGCGGAAGGUCUUUUUUAUGAGCAGCGGAACUGGGUACGCAACCUCUCCAACGUCGCCUCCCUCCUCUGGCACGCCUACCAAUCCCUCCCCUCACCAAGCAACCAAGUAAACUGGGCCGGCUUCUACACCCUCGACCCCCUCUCCCCCGCAACGCGCCCCCAACUGAUCCUAGGCCCCUUCCAAGGCAAGGUCGCCUGCCAAACCAUCGCCUUCGGGCGCGGGGUAUGCGGCGCAGCAGCAGCGACGGGCUCGACGCAGGUGGUGUCCGACGUGCGGGAGUUCCCGGGCCACAUCGCGUGCGACGCGGCCAGCCGGAGCGAGGUGGUGGUGCCGAUUACGGUGGCGGAUGGGAAAGAGGGGGGGAGGAAGAAGGUGGUGGGGAUUAUUGACGUGGAUUGUGAGGCGGUGGGCGGGUUUGAUGAGGUGGAUCGGGUGUGGUUGGAGAGGUUGGCGGGGUUGAUUGCCGAGGCGUGUGACUGGCCUUGA